GGGGCUGAAAUUGAUAUUCAAAUUGAUGACGAAUAGCAAGGAAUGUUGCUCUUCUCAAGGGAACCAUUCAUGGUGUCUGAAAUAAGAAAUGCUUCCCUAUCAGGUGGGAUUGACGAAAAUGCCAGCGGGAUCAGCAGCUUCUAGGUUUCGUGCGCAAACCCUUUUUGGACAACUUUCCCAACCAGGUUCUACAAGACCCUUCCCUAACACUUGUACCCUGUCUUAGGGCGUCUAACACCACAUUGGUAGUAAUGUGGUGACACCAAUGUUAAGAAGUCUGUAUAUUCAAUGGAUUCACUGUAUAAAAUCACGUACAUAUAAUUAUCACUGUUAUCAAUGAAUUGUGAAUUCGAAUGAGAAAAUGAUACAAGGAUCUUCAGUACUUGACAGCAGGAUAAUUCAAAUUUUCAAGAGUAAGAUUACUGUACAAUGCUUGGAAAAUGAAGAUUCAUUACAUAAAAGAGUGUGAUCAUGCUAUUCUUUUCGUCUCUUGACGGAGUAGAGACCUGACAUAAUUACGAGGAUGGAUCCAUUGCUUGGUGGGAUUUGCGUAAUCCGGGUGUCCCCUUGACUUCAGUCAAGUUCCAUUCAGAACCAGUUUUAAGCUUAUGCAUAGAUGGAUCAUGCAAAGGUGGUCUCUCUGGAGCUGCUGAUGAGAAAAUUUUGAUGUUUGCAUUGGACCAUUCUAUGGGUUCUUGUUUCAUCAGAAAAGAAAUUGUUUUGGAGAGACCUGGAAUAGCUGGAACCUCAAUCCGGUCAGACGGGAAAAUUGCUGCAACUGCUGGUUGGGAUCACCGGGUUAGGAUUUACAAUUAUCGCAAAGGAAAACCUUUGGCUAUUUUGAAAUAUCAUAACGCCACGUGCAACACUGUUUCAUUCUCUGCUGACAAUAAAUUAUUGGCCUCUGCAUCUGAAGACACGACAGUGGCUCUAUGGGAACUUUAUCCUCCUAGAACAUGAUGUCGUAUACAUUCUUAAUCCUCUUCUAAAUUAGUUCUUUAGACAACGAUGAACCUCUAUACAAAGAGUGAUUUGUGGGUUAUGAUGGACCUCUAUAAACAGCUCUUGUGGUGUUCACUUGUCUCGAGCGUGGAGUUUGUAUGAAAUCAAAUCCUAUUGCACAAAAUUCCACGGGUUAUCUUUCAAUAUCAUGCCAUUCUUUCUACAGAAAAAAGGAAUCAGGGUUAAUGUACUAAGUUCGGCGAAAAGCGGGGGCUCAAGCUAUUUUUGGGACACAUGUACUCUUGUCGCAUCUGGAGGUGUAGAUAGUAAGGGGAAUCGCAUUUCAAGUUGCAAGAAGAAACAUAGUUGUGAAAUUAUUUAAGAAACUCUAUAUUUUUUGCUUUUAAAUAAAAGAAUUAUUUGAUCAAGCUUUUAGUAAUAUGAGUUUUUCGAUUUUA